UCUUCUCUCCUGACUCCUCGCUCCUGAAGUCCCGACUCCCGAGUCUCUUCUCCUACAGUAGCAAAAUUUGCCCAAAAUUUGGGUAUCUCCAGAAAAGCUUGCGGGUCUUCCAACAUUUUACCCAACGCCCACUCCCCAAACUAGCUAGGGUUUACGCCUUUACGGCCAUUGUCUGCUUCCGCUUCCAGAGGUGGCGGGUCGCCCGAGCGCAUGGCCGGCCGCGGUGAGUCGGCGAUGCCGGAGGCGGCAGCGGAGGUGGAGACGAAGCUGGAGUGCUUCGAUUUGGCGUUCAACUCGGAGUUCUCCGACAGGCUGCUGCGGAUAGAGGUCGUUCCCGGUGACGACGUCGCUGAAGGGUCCCUCACCGACUGCGCGCGCCACCGCAAGGUCCAAGGUGAGAAAAGACAGCGUAUUGACUCUUCCCCAACCAUGGCAGAUACACCAGCUUUACGAGUAAAGACCCUUCAUAUCAGUUCAGUGAUUCUUGCUGCAAGAAGUGCUUUCUUUCUAAAGCUUUUCUCGAAUGGCAUGAAAGAGUCUGAUCAGACACAUACAACAAUUAGGAUUUCUGAUUCAGAGGAAAAUGCUUUUAUGGAGCUUUUAAGCUUUAUGUACAUUGGAAAGUUGACAACAACUGAGUCCACUCUUCUGCUUGACAUCUUGAUGGCUGCUGACAAAUUUGAGGUUCCUUCUUGCAUGAGGCAUUGCAGUCAGUUGCUCAUAAGCUUGCCAAUGACCAUAGAAUCUGCACUGCUCUACCUAGAACAUGGAUGCUCCAUUUCACAGGCAGCUGAAGUUCAGUGUGUGAUAGGUGCAGCCAAGCAAUUCCUUGCCAAGGAAUACACGGAUUUUGAUAAGUUCUGUGAUGAAGCAAUGAACAUCUCUCUUGCUGGGAUCGAAGCCAUCUUUUCAAGUACUGACAUUCAUGUGAUAAGUGAGGAGCAUGUGUUUAAAUUCUUGCUCCAUUGGGCCCGUACGCGAUACUUAGAACCAGAGGAAAGACGCAAGAUCUGGAGUUCUCAUUUGCUUCCGCUUGUGCGCUUUAGUCAUAUGACUGGUACGACACUGCAGGCGAUCCUAGCAUGCACUGAUACUGUCAUAGACCUAGACCAUGAGGAGCUAACUAAGCGUGUUACUGAGGUACUUCUACGCAAAGGUUACCGAGCGCAGCUUGAAGGUUCUCUUGCAGCAGUCACAACAACUGCAGAGCGAGCUUACGUGAUCAAACCUAUGAAAGUGGUUGCGUUUGAUCAACCCUGCCAGCAGGUUGUAGUUUACUGGGAUCUAACGCGCCAGGAGUGCUCUCGAAUCUUCCCGUCAGGAGAGAUAAUUUCACACCCAUUCCACCUUGCGGGGCAGCGGUUCUCUCUCAUGGUAGUAUGUAAAAUGGAAGAGCAGGAUGAGAUCCACAGCUUUGCCGUCCUCUUAGGGAUCCAUGGGAACCCAAAGGGCUCGACGUGCAUGACAGUAGAUCAUGAGUUUGCUGCAAGGACAGGAUUGUCAGGAAAAUUUGUCAGCCACUUUGGCCGGAAGCACACCUUUACUGAUGAUCCGGCUAGCGAAUGUGAGGUUCUCUUCAGGGCUCCAUGGUCGUCUUUCAUUGCUGACAACAGCCACUUCAUCGACGGUGUGCUGCAUCUGAGAGCUGAUAUAACGGUGGUCGAGCAACCAGCUGUACAGUCUUGAUGAUUUCUUAGUCAGCAGAGUUAGACUUGGGGGGCAGCAGUGGCUUUGUUUGAUGGGAUUGCAGUUGAAGUAUGGGUUGUUUUAAAUUUCUUGCUCGGCUGGGCUCACUGUUAGGAAUGGGCAGCUUGUUGCUAGAAGAACAGCAGGUGGAGCUGUUAUUUCUGACGGCAAUUUACGAAUUAGCUGGGGGCUGAAGUUGCAGCUGUAGGUGGCUACUGCAAGUUUGAACACGCGCGUGUGCUGACUUUGCAAUAAUAUGCUCCAGUACUCCAGUAUAGUAUUAUUAUGUGGUGGUUUGGAUCCCUACUUUUAAUCCGCAAGCAACGGGACAAAAUUGAUCACUGCUGGUCGUUGCCAGGGACCCAGGGGUGCUUUGAUCGAGUAACAUAACUUGGUCCUUGUAUAUACUGUCGUAACCUCUCCUACAAUUUUCGAUCAACAUAACUUGGUCCUUGCUUGAUUGAACAGGGGAUUUUUCAUAUGUCAAAGUGUUUGAAAAUAAAUAAAUAAUAGAGCAUGUAA